AUGGAUUUUGCAAGAAAGCAAUUGGAAAAGUAUGGUUGGACCGCUGGAAAAGGCUUGGGAAAAUACGAAAAUGGAAUUUCUGAAGCACUGAAGCCUAAACUAAAGAGGAGUGUGACAGGUGUUGGUCAUGAUCCUGCUUCUGAUUUUACUGAACAUUGGUGGAAUGAUUUAUAUAAUAAAGCUGCAGGAAAUCUUGAGGUGGAAGAAAAGAAUGGAAAAAUAAAAAGAAUUAAAUGUAAGGAUCCAUCAGAUUUUGUAAUAACUAACAACACCUGGAAGAUAAAGAAAAACCAAAAAAACACAAGUACUGAGCAACAAUAUUCUGAAUAUUUCAUUAAAAAAGCAAUUCUUAGUAAUGGUGAGUCCAAAGUUGAAAAUGUAAAAGAAGCUGAGUCUGAUAAUGAAGAAACUAAGAAGGAUGUAUUUAAACUAAGUGAUGAGGAAUUAUUUGCUGCUUGUGAAGGUAGAACAGCACAUAAGGGUGCACGCCAUGGGCUCAAAGCUUUAGGCAAAUUAGCGAGAAUAGAGCAACAAGAGCAAUUACUUUUAAAUCAUGCAAAAUAUAUUGGUUAUUCUCAUGCAAAAACAAGAAAUAAAAAAGGGUCGCUGAAUGAAAAUGAUUCACAGUUUCUUGAUAAUAAUUCCCUUGAUAAUGAUACAACUGGUGUUAAAAAGAAAAAGAAGAAACAUUUAAUUAAUAUUGGUAUGGAAGUUGCAUCUGUAAAUGAUAAUGUUGUUAAGGGCUUAAAUGAACAUACUGAAUUUGGGACUGAAAAUUCUGAUGUAACACGGAAAAAUACGAUAAAUGAUAUUAUUGGUGAUUGCGACCAAUCAGUUAAAAUCAUAAAGAAUAAAAGUAAAAGAAAAGCUAUUGAUUCAGAGACCGUAAGUAGUGGUGAUAUAGCAGAAAUAUACAUUCAGAAGAAAAAGAAGAAGAAAAGCAAGAAGAAAGAAGACAUGGUUGUAGACAUCAUACCAACAGAACAGAGAGAGUUGGAGGGAAAUACUGCUAAGAAAAAUAAAAAGAAAAAGCGGGAAAAGCAAUAA